AUGAGCAAGAAAUCGGUGGGCUCGGACGUGGAGGCGUCAACGUCGAACUCGAGUAGCGCUUUGUACGAUACGACAACAACAUCAAAAGGACAUCAUCGUCGAACAUCUUCAUUAUGGGUACCUCCAACAAGGCCUAUCUUCUCGUCACCAACUCAGGUCAUCAAAGAGAAAGCCGAGAAUGGGGGGAGAAUUCUGAAGUCGCAUCCUGUGACACGAUGGCUCUUCCCGAGUCAGCCGAUACUUCCACAACAGAGAAUCGUAGUGCCGAACAAUCAGAAAGAACCACCUCCACGAUAUGAGCAACCGAAUCGGCGAUACUGUGGAAAUCGAAUAUCAACAACCAAGUACAGUGUGCUAACUUUCAUUCCGAAGAACUUGUUCGAACAGCUUCACCGAGCUGCCAAUCUCUAUUUCAUCUUCAUUGUAAUCCUCAAUAUGAUCAUUGGAGCAUUCGGAAAGUACAUUUCGGUCAUGCCGAUUGCUUUUGUGCUUGGUAUAACAGCAAUCAAAGACGCUUUCGAAGACUAUCGUCGCUACAAAUCCGAUCAAAAAAUCAACCAUUCAACGUGUCGUGUGUGGGACGCAAGUCAACAAAGAUACCGAAAGCUCGAGUGGCAAAACAUCUUGGUUGGCGAUUUCGUUCAUUUAUCCCAUGACGAAAUAAUCCCGGCUGACAUCUUAUUGUUGCGAAGCAGUGAUGUGAACGGCGUUUGUUAUGUGGAGACAUGUAAUUUGGAUGGAGAAAGUAACCUUAAACAGAGACAAGCCAUCAGAGCAAUGGGAAAAUAUCACAAUUCUAAUGUUCCGUUGGAAUAUUCUCCAUCGGAAUUCAACUACAGAAUCGCUUGUGAAGGACCAACUACGGAUGUGUACAAGUUCGAAGGAAGGUUGGAAGCAAUGGAAGGCGGGCCACCAUUGGCUCGAGAGUUCACCAUUUUAGCCAAAGAGAAUGUUCUUUUGCGCGGAUGUGUUGUUAAGAAUACGGAUUUCGUCGAGGGUAUCGUACUGUAUGCCGGAAAGGAUACAAAAGCCAUGCUGAACAACAGUGGACCAAGGUACAAGCGAAGUUCUCUGGAGAAGAUGACCAACAUUGAUAUUCUCUGGAGUGUCUGUACCCUUCUCGCCCUCUGUGUUCUUGGAGCAGUUCUAUCCGGGGUUUGGCUCCGAAACUACUCGACUCCCUACACUGUUCCUUUCCUCGUCUUCAUUCAUCCAAAUUCUUCGUAUCACAACAACAACGAUUCACAAUACAAGUACAGUCCAUCGUACGAGUCUUGGUUCAGUUUCUGGAGCUAUAUUAUUGUCUUACAAGUCAUGAUUCCAAUUUCUCUAUACGUCUCGAUUGAGUUCAUCAAGAUUUUCCAAGUGUGGUUCAUGUCUCAAGAUCGUAACAUGUACUAUGAUAAAGUGGACAAACGAUUACAAUGCAGAGCACUGAAUAUCACUGAGGAAUUGGGUCAGAUACAGUAUGUGAUGUCUGACAAAACAGGAACAUUGACUGAGAAUCAGAUGGUAUUCCGAAGAUGUUCUGUGAAUGGAAGUGAUUUUGGAGGAAGGCCCGUUCUAGAUGCCGUUGAUUCUUCUCUCGAACUAGUAGCUUCGAAUCUACGUAGUAACCAACCGACAGAGAAGAAACUACAGUUGGCAGCUCUAGCAGAAGCAGCAGCCAACACAGGUCGACUAAGGCCUUCUCGAGAUCCUGCUCUAGAAUCGAAACUCGCUUCAAGCGUUCUGAAACAAGGAGCUGAUAUUGAUGACCCGGUUUUUGCAUUCUUCCUCACGUUGGCCAUCUGCAACACUGUCGUUGUUAAUGCGAAACCUCACGAAGAUUUGAUGGAUCCAGAUGGAGAUAUUGUGAAUAGUCGAUUUGCAACGGAAGAGGACGCACUGUCACCGAAACGGGAGAGUAAAGAAAGCUUAUCGUCCAACUCGUCGACUCCAGUGGUUGCAGAAGAGAAAACAGCUGCAGAGGAUGGUUUUGAAGAAAUCGAGCUGAUUGAAUUUCCAGAAGUCGGCAAGACGGAAGAUACGCAACCUUCUGAUAAAGAGAUCAAUGUAAUUGAGAAAAAGGACGAGGAAAAAGAAGGAUCGAACAAUUACAACGGAGAAAGAAAAGAAGGAAAAGGAUUUGGUAUCCUUCAUCGUCCCUCGAUUCUAUCAGUUCCGUUUGCCAAGCUAAAAGGAAUCAAAAGUCCGUUCCGUCGAUCGGUGGACAAACGUUCAAGCUCGUCGGACGUCAAUGCACCACCGCCACAUUCGUUUUACGAUUCUGAGUCACCCGAUGAAUUGGCGCUUGUUGAAGCCGCAAGAGAAUAUGGCGUCCGGUUGUUGAAACGACGAUUUGAUGAUGUCGUAGUGUACUUACGUCAUUCGACCAGAAGCGUCAAGUAUAAAGUACUCCACACACUUCCAUUCGAUGCAGAUCGGAAACGAAUGUCGGUGAUUAUUCGCGAGAAUACAGGAUCGAAACGGAUCAUUGUGUUGACUAAAGGCGCAGACGCCACCGUGUUGCCAGUUCUGAGCAAUGAAUUCUGCACGUCAACAAGAGGAGAAGAAGUUAUAUUCAAAGCUCAAGAACAUCUGACUAUGUAUGCCAAAGAAGGUCUUCGAACAUUGUGUCUCUCGAUGAGAGUAUGGACAGAAGAAGAAUAUCUUGAAUGGAAAGAGAAACACGAAGAGGCCGAGUUGGAUGUGGUGGAUAAGGAAACACUGGUUGCUGAAAGUAUUCUCCGCGCUGAACAAGAUCUGGAACUUCUUGGAGUGACUGCCAUUGAGGAUAGAUUGCAAGAUGGAGUUCCAGAAUGUAUUCAUUCACUUCGAGAAGCUGGUAUCAGAGUAUGGGUUCUCACUGGAGAUAAAAUCGAAACAGCUGUGAAUAUUGCCUAUUCAUCAAGACUAUUUUCUCCGUCAAUGGAUCUACUCAAUAUUGGAGCGAAUGGAGUUCGAGCUGUUUCUGAUCUUUUAGGAGAGCAUUUGAAACGAAUCGCCAGAGCUCAAGAGGUCUCAAUCGAUGCUACAGAUUCAUUUGGAUUGGUGUUGAACGCAGCUACAAUGAGCUACUGUCUGGAUCCACACAACGUUGAUCGGUUUGUGAAACUUCUUCGUGGAUGUCGAUCCGUAUUGUGUUGCCGUGCGACGCCUCUUCAAAAAGCUCAAUUGGUAAAUUUGGCGAAAAAUCAUUUGAAAGGAAAAGUGUUAGCCAUUGGAGACGGUGCGAAUGAUGUCAGCAUGAUUCAAGGAGCCGAUGUUGGAGUUGGUCUCUCAGGACAAGAAGGAAUGCAGGCGGUGAUGUCUUCUGAUUUCGCCAUGGCUCGAUUCCGAUUCUUAUCAAAUCUUCUACUUAUACAUGGACAUUGGAACUACUACCGUCUGGCCCAAACAAUUUUGUAUUUCUUCUACAAAAACGCAAUGCUGGUUUUCGUCAUCUUCUGGUAUCAAAUAUUCAAUGGAUUCUCAGCUCAAGUUCCCAUAGAUCCGGUUUAUUUGAUGGUUUACAAUCUCAUAUUCACUUCGGUUCCUCCACUUCUUUUCGGUUGCCUCGACCAGGACGCAAGUGCAGAAUUACUAUUGGACUGUCCCAAAUUAUAUGGACAAGGACGACUCGGUAAACGAUACCGGUGGUAUUCGUUCUGGAUAAACAUGCUGGAUGCGAUUUGGCAGAGUCUUGUUGUCUAUUUUAUAUGUCACUUUACAUAUCGUGGAAGCAAUGUUGAUAUGUGGACUUUCGGACAUCUUCUAGUCACACAACUGAUCAUCGUCAACACAUUCCAUUUGGCACUGUUCGUUCAGUACUGGACUUGGCCAAUGUUCUGGUCCAUGUUCCUUUCCGUUCUUCUCUUCUUCAUUUGUGCCCUUCUGUACAAUGGAUUCGUCACCGCCAACUGGACGUGGACCAAUGUCAAGGAUCCUCCAUCUAUGGUUUCGCUGAAAGCGUUUUCCAGUCUCGAGUUUUGGAUGGCUCUUUGUGUAUCCGUGAUUCUGUGCCUAGUUCCCAGAUACGUCAUCACAGCCAUCGUCAACACAGUUUCUCCAUCAACCACUCUUCGAACAAGGCUAGGUGCUGAAGAUGGUAUCAAGAAGUCUGAAUCCAGAUUCGCUUCAUGUGCUGUCGGAUGUCUGUCUGCUCCUUUCAAGUGCAUCCGACUAUGUUGUAAAAAGAAGCCCACAGCUCAUGUAAGUACACAUACACAUGCCCUUUUUGAAAUUUAA